AUGGGUCAGAGGGAGGACAGCAGGGUGAGUGUGGCCUACACGGGGCGCGACGUGGACCCAAGCGACGGGCUGCCAGCACACCAGGCUGAUGGACACAACUGCAGUUCGUACACCCUGGCUCCUUCACUGCACCACAACUUGCAGAUCCUUGUCACGUUCAUGCUGAAAAUUCGUAAAACAUAUGAAGAGGGAGGAGGAAGUCAUUUACCUGGGACACAAAAUGAUGGAACAAUAUGCUAUGAAGUGGCCGAGACGCUGUCACAGGGCGACCUCGCACGUGGCAGCAGCCAAACACGCAGCGGCCGCUCCGCGCUGCGGCCGGCGCAACACGCAUCCGCCACCGCACCACAGCACAGCACCACAGCACAACACACCGCAGCAGCCGGCAGGGUCGAGGUCAUCAGGCGGGUCCGUGGCGGCCGCGCCAUGGUUGAGGGCAAGCACUACUUCUGGGUGGAACGGACGCUGGGCUACGCGGACGAGGGCGCCGUCGCGGCCGGCGUCGACGCGGCCGGCUGGGAGCUGUACGUGUGCCGCAGCCGCCACGAGGGCGACCUGGUGCCGGGCCGGCUGGCGCCCCGCGACGGCUGCGCCUACGUGCCCUGGGGCGGCGGCGAGCACGUCAAGCUGGAGUACGAGGUGCUGGUGGUGGUGGGGGGUGAGGGUCGGUGGGUUGCGACGCGCGGCGGCUGUGUGCCCAUCGAGGCACUGGAGGCUGGUGCUGCCGGCAGCGAGCCGCUCUUUGUGGGCAGGGCCUGUUUCGAUGGUUUGCUGGUGCCUGGCAAGGUACACCCGAGCCACGGUGUCUGCUACAUCUCAUACGGUGGGGCAGAGAUUGCUUGCCCGGAGUACGAGGUUCUCGUCAUACACAUAUAGACAAUGCCUCCUUGUAUCAGACUGCUACAUCUGAGGAGCAUCUCAACCUCUCCUCACUCAUUACUUCCUUCCAUUAUAAGGAAACCAGUGUCACUGUCGAUCUCUGAAAAUGUCCUGUGAUAUAUAAUUUUAUGUCUUAUUUAAUACCAGAUGGAGUUUGUAUCCAUCUGCAAUGCCAAACAAUGCAAGUCAUAAUUUUAGUACAUGUUUUUCAAUUUUUAUAUUUUUUUACUGAUUCCAAGUAACUCAAUGAAUCCUAUUGAUUACUGAGACAAGUGUUUUGAGUGAAAUGUAUAUUAAAGUGUUGCACAUUACUGCUUGUUAUAGGUAAUAAAGUUUUUU